AUGGACUACUACCGGGUGAUGAACCUAACGCGCAAUGCGACGCAGAAGGACAUCAAGCGUGCGUACCUCAAGCUCGCCCGGCAGCUGCAUCCUGACGUCAAUGGCAACGACCUCGAGAAAGCGGCGCUCUUCAAGAAGGUGAGCGAAGCCAACUCAGUGCUCUCGGACCCGGCCAAGCGCGCAGAGUACGACAACCGGUUUUCAUACCGCGACCGCGGCGAGACGCACUACUCGCCGAAAGGCCAGACCAGCGCGCGGGCGUCGGCGCCACGCGGCAGUCAUUACGGCAUCAACGAAGACGUGUGGUACGCGCACCACUAUGGCGUGCACGCGCAGCGCACGAGCCGUUGGACGGGCAAGAUCCACAUGAACUACGGGUCGCACAUCCCCGAAGAGAUGUUUGAGCGUGAAAUGGAGAGCAUUCGACGGCGCGAAGCCACGAGCAAGAUUCAGAACGGCUACAUGCUGCGGCGAGAGCUGCGGCUCAAGAAGCAAGCCGAAGAGGAGGCGGCCAAGCGAGCCAACGCACCGCCAAAACCCGACACCAACGACGGCUGCGUCAUUUCCUAGCACAGGUAGUUGUAGUAAGUCAACGGCACUGACAAGGGCCUACGGUUGAUAUGAAGGGCACACGUUUUUGGUUCCAC